GAUCCCGCGUUCGAGGCCCCACUCAGCCCCCGGGCGGGACAGCCCGGCUUGGACCCUUGGCCUCAGCCUUCCUGCGGCCGCGGGGACCUCAGUGUCCACCUCGAGGGCGACGGGAGGACUGUGGGCCUCGGCACCCCGCAGGCGCCUCUCUGAGCCUCGGUUUCCCCGUCUGUGAAACUGGGUCACCCCAGCGCCAAGCCGAUCCCGGAGGUGGCCAAUGAGGACAGCGCCUGUCACACACAGCUCCUGGGACCAUGGGCCUUGAGCCUUGAGGACACAGGGCUCCCUGUGGCCAUGACGACAGGCGACUGCUGCCACCUCCCCGGCUCCCUGUGCGACUGCUCAGGCAGCCCUGCCUUCUCCAAAGUCGUGGAGGCCACAGGCCUCGGGCCCCCGCAGUAUGUAGCGCAGGUGACUUCGAGGGACGGCCGGCUCCUCUCCACCGUCAUCCGGGCCUUGGACACGCCAGGUGACUGUCCCUUCUGCCGGAUCUGCCACGAGGGCGCCAAUGGGGAGAGCCUGCUGUCUCCGUGUGGCUGUACGGGCACCCUGGGUGCUGUGCACAAGAGCUGCCUGGAGAAGUGGCUGUCCUCGUCCAACACCAGCUACUGCGAGCUGUGCCACACGGAAUUUGCGGUGGAAAAGCGGCCCCGGCCUCUCACAGAGCCGCUCCUCUCCUCUGCGCCCUCCCGUCUGCCCCGCUUCCCACAGUGGCUGAGGAACCCGGGGCCGCGCACGGAGAAGCGGACGCUGUGCUGCGACAUGGUAUGCUUCCUGUUCAUCACGCCGCUGGCCGCCGUCUCGGGCUGGCUGUGCCUGCGCGGGGCCCAGGACCACCUCCGGCUGCACAGCAGGCUGGAGGCCGUGGGGCUCAUCGCGCUCACCAUCGCGCUCUUCACCAUCUACGUCCUCUGGACGCUGGUCUCUUUCCGCUACCAUUGCCAGCUGUACUCUGAAUGGAGGAGGACGAAUCAGAAGGUCCGCCUGAAGAUCCGGGACGCGGACGGCCCCGAGGACGCCCACCACUCCCCGCUGGCAGCCGGACUCCUGAAGAAGGUUUUUUGCACACUGUUGGACGUGACAAAGACAGACGGACACGGUCCUGAGCUUCAGACGGAGCACGCACCCUGAUCUCACUCUGAGGUCUGUUCGGCACCUCCCGGGCCAGCGGCCGUGGUGGGAUCGGCAAGGGCGCCCUCAGGCUGGAAGGUCCCAGCAAGCUUCUUGCGCUUCUCGCAUCGGCAGGCCCGCUUUCCCGGCACCCCUGACUUUAUAAAGUUGCACUGCGUUUCAAAAAACCACCCCUGAAUGAAUAAAAGGCGCCCUUGCUGGAUGAAA